GACAUGCACCAUUUCUCAGUUACCUGUCUGUCAAUGUCACAUCUCCCAUUCUAACCCCACACUGGCAGUACAUCUCCUGGGCAAUGCAGAAAGGACACGAUCUCACGGGUAAUCAGCAUCUGAGUUCACCCGAUAUUACAUCCCCUCAACAGCCUCAAGCUCGACGUCAAUCAGCUACAACCCGUUUUGCACUUCUUGGGAUAUUCAUCUUGCCUUUCGCGUUCGUGCCCUAUGCCUUUAUGAGAAGACGCGUCUCAGUUUUACAACAAAGGCUAGAUGAUUUGACUACUACUACAUCGGAAUUACAAAGGAGCACUAGGACCCUAGCGCUCCAGAGUUCCCACAGGAAGGACGAGCUAGCUCGCGCCAGGCUUCUGUUGGAGGCAGAAAGAAAGGAAGUGGACGAGCUGCGUUGUGACCUGAAGGCAACCCGGGAUGAAUAUGCUAUUGAGAGUGCCGCUAUCCAGAGCCAUCUUCAUAAACUAUUAGAAGAGAGCAAAGUCACCAAGACACGUCUUACUGUGCUGUCUCAUCUGGGUGUCUCUCUAGCUGAUAUAGCGGCUUUCAUGCACGAAAACAAGCUUCGUCAUGGGCCUUCACCCCUGAAAGCAGAUGAUUAUGGGGUAGAGCGCUUGCGGGCGCUUGCGAUGCAGAUACAGAAAGCCGCAUUCACAACGGACAAGGAUUCCUGACAUCUUUCCUCAUCUAGGGAUCGAUAUUUCAAGAAUUGUAUGGACUAUUUCAAUCACCUUUUGUAGCCGAUAAAUUUAUUGAUACCAAUUGUACAUUUCGAUUCAUGUC